AUGCCAGCCCCUGAGCAGACCCCGAUGGUGGAGGAGGUGCUGCCGCGGACAACACAGGAAACUUCCACGGGCCCAGGCAUGGAACCAGAGACUACUGCCACUACCAUUUUAGCUUCUGUAAAGGAACAGGAGCUCCAGUUUCAAAGACUUACCAGAGAACUGGAAGUGGAAAGGCAAAUUGUGGCUAAUCAGCUAGAAAGAUGUAGGCUUGGAGCAGAAUCACCAAGUAUCGCCAGCACAAGCUCAACUGAGAAGUCAUUUCCUUGGAGAUCAUCAGAUCCUGCGACCACCAGUGUGAAUAAACCCCAAGUGUCAGAGAGUGUUCAUACCAAUGCCUAUGACAUUAGGACAGAACCAGAACAAGGGAACCUCUACUCACCAGAACAGACAUCUCUCCAUGAAAGAUCUGUAGGUAACUCAAGAAGUUCAACACAAAUGAAUUCUUAUUCUGACAGUGGUUACCAGGAAGUGAGCAGUUUCCAUAACAGCCAAAACUUGAGCAAAUCAGAAAACAGACAGCAGCAUUCCCUUAUUGGAACAACUAAUAACCACUUGGUGAGAAGCUCGCGAGCUGAAGGGCAGACAUCAGUCCAGCCAUCAGUGAAUAUUGCUACCAACCGAGUCAUGAGACGUGUCAGUUCAGUCCCAUCCCGAGCACAGUCUCCCUCUUACGUGGUCAGCACAGGUGUUUCGCCUUCCAGGGGGUCGCUGCGGACAUCUCUGGGUAGCGGCUAUGGUUCUCCAUCGGUUACCGAGCAGAGAUCCCUUACUUCUCACGCGUAUUCAUCCACCACUCUGCCAGUGCAGCGGGCAGCAUCCCCCUACGCUGCACAGAGACCUGCCUCCCCAACGGCCGUGCGGCGGAUGGGCUCAGUUACAUCCAGACCAGCAGCAAAUCCCAACGGCGGGACUUCCCAGUACCAGACAUCGGUCAGAGUUGGCUCUCCUCUUGCCCUUACUGAUGUACAAACCAGAGUAGCUUCUCCGUCCCAAACUCAGCUGGGAUCUUCUUCCCCGAAGCGUUCUGGCAUGACUGCAGUUCCACAGCAUUUGGGAACAACGCUACAAAGAACCAUUCAUGACAUUGAACAGUAUGGACAGCAGUAUGAUAUAUAUGAGAGAAUGGUCCCUCCACGGCCAGACAGCCUUACAGGCCUGAGGAGUUCAUAUGCUAGUCAACACAGUCAACUAGGACAAGAGUUACGAUCAGCCAUAUCUCCCGACUUGCACAUCACCCCCAUCUAUGAAGGCAGAACUUACUACAGCCCAGUGUACCGUAGCCCGAAUCAUGGAACGGUUGAGCUCCACCAGGGAUCCCAGUCAGCGCUGUAUCGAACAGGGUCAGGAGUCGGAAAUCUGCAAAGAUCAUCCAGUCAGCGUAGCACACUCACAUACCAAAGAAAUAAUUACGCUCUGAACACAACCGCUACCUAUGCGGAACCCUACAGGUCCGUGCAGUAUCGGCUGUCAGAGCCCGGUUACAACAGGCUGCCGCACGCAACGCCCGCCGACGAUGGGACCACGCGAUCCCCAUCCAUAGACAGCAUUCAGAAAGACCCCAGGCAAUUUGCGUGGCGAGAUCCAGAACUGCCUGAAGUCAUUCACAUGCUUCAGCACCAGUUCCCAUCGGUUCAGGCGAAUGCAGCUGCCUACCUUCAGCACCUGUGCUUCGGGGAUAACAAAGUUAAAACAGAGGUAUGUAGGCUGGGAGGAAUCAAGCACCUGGUUGAUCUCUUGGAUCACAGAGUCUUGGAAGUUCAGAAGAAUGCUUGCGGUGCACUGCGAAACCUCGUGUAUGGAAAGUCUACUGAUGAGAACAAAAUAGCAAUGAAGAAUGUUGGUGGGAUACCUGCCCUUUUACGAUUGUUGAGAAAAUCUGUUGAUGCCGAAAUAAAAGAGCUUGUAACAGGGGUUCUCUGGAACUUGUCUUCGUGCGAUGCGGUGAAGAUGACAAUCAUCAGAGAUGCUUUGUCGACACUAACAAACACUGUGAUAGUGCCACAUUCGGGAUGGAACAGUUCUUCCUUUGAUGAUGAUCAUAAGAUGAAAUUUCAGACUUCCCUAGUUCUACGCAAUACCACGGGAUGCCUGAGGAAUCUGAGCUCCGCAGGGGAAGAAGCCCGGAAGCAGAUGAGGUCUUGUGAAGGGCUGGUUGAUUCACUGCUCUACGUGAUCCACACGUGUGUGAACACAUCAGAUUAUGACAGCAAGACAGUGGAAAACUGCGUGUGUACCUUGAGAAACCUUUCUUACCGUUUGGAACUGGAGGUACCUCAGGCACGUCUGCUCGGAAUCAAUGAAUUGGAUGACUUGUUAGGAAAAGAAUCACCCAGCAAAGAUUCAGAGCCAAGUUGCUGGGGGAAAAAAAAGAAGAAGAAAAAAAAAACUUCCCAGGAGGAUCAGUGGGAUGGAGUUGGCCCCAUACCAGGAUUUUCCAAGUCUCCUAAAGGGGUGGAGAUGCUCUGGCACCCAUCUGUGGUGAAGCCCUACCUGACACUUCUAGCAGAAAGCUCCAACCCCGCCACUCUGGAGGGCUCUGCCGGAUCCCUCCAGAACCUUUCUGCGGGCAACUGGAAGUUCGCGGCGUACAUCCGAGCUGCGGUAAGGAAAGAGAAAGGGCUGCCAAUCCUGGUGGAGCUGCUGAGGAUGGAUAACGACAGGGUUGUGUCCUCUGUGGCAACUGCCUUGAGGAACAUGGCGCUGGACGUUCGAAACAAGGAGCUUAUCGGUGAGUCCAGAGCGGCGCUGAGGGAAGCACCGUCCCAACGUGCCAGACCUUGGAUUGGAAAAAUACCGGGAUGA